ACCAGGAGUUGACUCCGCUCACACUCCCCUUAGCCUUCAGCAGGCUUGGCUGGGUGCAAGACCAGGAGUUGACCCGCUCACACGCCCCUUAGCCUUCAGCAGGCUUGAUUCCGCUCGGCCACGCGCCGGCCCCUAGGCUUGAUUUCUCGUCUCCAUAGCCGGCUGGCCGGCUCGAGGGGCUGUUUUCUCCAAGCUCGGUUGCGGUAUGGGGAGUGACGGCGCUACUGCCAGGAAUGCCGGCGGUGCCAUGGAUGGCGACUCCGGCAUGGAUCUUGCUUCACCGACCGACAGAAUUCAUGGAAAUGUGGCCAUGGACGGUAACCUGAUGGUUAGUAGAGGUUCUGGAGAUGCCCAGCAGUUGGAGGAUGCUAGGAGGACGAACACGGAUACUACGCGGGUGGUCAUAAAUCCACUGCUGCUAGCAUCAGCGUGCUUUGGCUCGUGGAAGGCAUUGAAUUUUCUUCUCGUCAGGGAAGACGCACAAAAGCCACCAAUGGUGAUGCAGACUCAGGCAUUUAUUCACUUGCUAAUGGGUGACGACGACGGCUCAGCACACCAGGCCUUCGAGAAUGACGUUGAAGAGGGCGUUGAUCAGCUUGCUUUGCCUGAUGGUGGGUAUGCACAGCUCCUCCUCGACGGUGUCAUGGUUGAGGGGGACACUGUACUGCAUGCGGUUGCCAGUCAUGGGGAUGACAGGAAUUAUUUGGAAUGUGCUAACAUUAUCUACGGCAGAGCCAAGCACCUCCUUUUUGCGCUAAACGACAAGGGUGACACGCCCUUGCAUUGUGCUGCUAGAGUUGGGAAUUCAAAGAUGGUUUCUCAGCUCAUUAACCUAGUUACAAGUGAGGAUGAAAGGCAUCAGCUCUUGAGAAAGGAGAACGGGCGUAAGGAGACGGCCUUGCAUGACGCUGUCCGCAUCGGGAACAAUCAUAUAGUUGAUCUGCUAAUGACGGCAGACAAGCAAUUGGCUAACUACCCCAGCGGAGGCAUUUCCCCGUUGUACCUUGCCAUCUUGCUGGAGAAGUACACCAUUGCAAUGACGCUUUACGAAACAAGUGAAGGGAACCUCUCCUACUCCGGACCAAAUGGACAAAAUGCAUUGCAUGCUGCGGUUCGUCGGAGCAAAGGUAUGACAAAUAAGUUACUGACAUGGAACAAGAGCCUUACAACACAAGCGGACAAAAACGGGAGUACGCCUCUUCACUUCGCUUCAGAUCAGUUUAAUAUACAUGGUUUAAGUGUGAGGCAACAAGUCGUGAUGAUCACUAUGUUCCCUUGGCGUCGUUACACCUGUGGUACCCAAAUUCUGAAGCAAGUAUUCAAAGCUAACCUAGCUCAACUGUAUCAACCAGACAAGAGCGGAUUAUUCCCCAUACAUAUAGCGGCAUCCAUUGGCUGCGAAAGAACUAUAGCCAUUUUUAUCGCGAGCUGUCCUAGUAGCGCCAGUUUGCGUGACACAAGGGGGAGGACAUUUCUUCACGUUGUUGUUGAGAAAAAGAUGGGCAAUAUAGUCUCAUUUGUUGGUCGAAAUUCAUCUCUAGCUUGGAUUUUAAACUUGCAAGACAAUGAGGGAAACACGGCACUGCACUUAGCUGCCCAAGCCGGAAAUUUUCGGUUGUGUUGUUCUCUGUUCGGGAAUCCAAGAACGCUCCUAAGUUUGACAAACCACAAUGGACAAACUCCUCUCGAUGUGGCAGACAUUGGCACCAAGUUCUUGAUUUUUCCGCUUACCGAAGGAGACGUAUCUACGGUGCUCAGACAGGCUGGUGCCAAGAGAGGCGUUUGUCGCACGGAUCACUUUGCAGAGAAGUACAAUAUCCCAGCGAAUAAAAUGAAACAAUCAGAGUUGCUGAAAGAUUCAGCACAAAGUACAGGCAUCGUAUCGGUUCUAAUAGCCACCAUGACAUUUGGUGCAACUUUCGCUCUACCUGGAGGUUACAGAGCGGAUGACCACACUAAUGGUGGCACACCAACGCUUGCUGGGAGGUAUGUGUUCAGUGCAUUCCUAGUGGCCAACACAUUAGCUUUUGUUUGCUCUUCAAUAGCUACGGUUGGCAUCAUGUACGCUGGUAACCCUACAAAUAAGAUGUCAGCCCGUAGAGCACACUUUGUGGCAUCUUCGUUCUUCGCACAUGGAUCGGUGACAAGCCUCAGUGUUGCUUUUGCACUUGGCGUAUAUUUGGUGCUAGCUCCCGUUGCACCCAAGACUGCCAUCGCGAUCUGUUUAAUCAGUUCCCUUGUAGUGCUUUACAAUGAAUUUGAAGGUCUAUGGAGAGUAGUUCUUGCCACAAAUUCUAUUCGUAAGAGAUUGGGGUUAAUUAGAGCAAUGAACUCGGGCAUUCCGAGGACCAUUGGAAGAAUCGUUAGGGGAUUUUGGCAAUUUAUAAUCAUUUUUAUUUGGCUUGCAUAUGUCAGCAUAAGUCAGCAACAUUAACAUCAAGUUGAUAUCAAAGUACACCCAGCCUCUGCAACUACUCAGAUAUCAGGAGCAGAUCGAGACAUCGAGGAUGCAUGACAUGUAGGCAAAUGAUGAGUUGGUAUUGUGGGGUAAUGUGUCUAACGUGUCCUAAAGAUAACUGUGGGGAGUAUUUGUAUUAUAUUUAUUUUCAUGAACUUUUGAAUAAUGCGUAGUAUUUUGUUGGUGAAACCCUUUAUUCUUGGUACAAUGUUCUAUAAAUAUCUGUGAUCUCGUAUCAUUACUUGGGGAUGCUUACAUUUCUGAGUCCUUUAACAAUGGAAUACACACCAUUCAUUAGUGGUAAUCCCAAGGUUUAGAAUCGUUUCCACUACAGCAAAUGGCCCAGCG